GACGCGGAGCCCGCGGGGGAGGAGUGCAGCUGGGCAGGCCUCUUCUCCUUCCAAGACCUGCGGGCAGUGCACCAGCAGCUGUGCUCGGUGAACUCGGAGCUGGAGCCCUACCUGCCUGCCUUCCCCGAGGAGCCCUCGGGCAUGUGGACGGUGCUGUUCGGAGCCCCGGAGCUAUCUGAGCAGGAGAUGGACGCUCUCUGCUACAAGCUGCAAGUUUACUUGGUCCACAGCUUGGAUACCUGCGGCUGGAAGAUCCUUUCGCAGGUGCUCUUCACGGAGACUGACGACCCCGAAGAGUAUUACGAGAGCCUGAGUGAGCUGCGACAGAAGGGGUACGAGGAAGUGCUGCAGCGGGCCCGCAGGCGAAUCCAGGAGCUUCUGGAAAAACAUAAGAAAACAGAAAGCAUGGUAGAGCUGCUUGAACUGUAUCAAAUGGAAGAUGAAGCCUACAGUAGUCUUGCAGAAGCUACCACGGAGCUCUACCAGUACUUACUACAGCCGUUCCGAGAUAUGAGGGAACUUGCGAUGCUUAGAAGACAGCAGAUAAAGAUCUCAAUAGAGAAUGACUACCUAGGCCCCAGAAGAAUUGAGAGUCUGCAAAAAGAAGAUGCCGAUUGGCAGAGAAAAGCCCACAUGGCUGUGCUCUCUAUUCAAGAUCUCACAGUUAAAUACUUCGAAAUAACAGCUAAAACACAGAAAGCUGUGUAUGACCGAAUGCGAGCAGACCAGAAAAAAUUUGGUAAGGCAGCAUGGGCAGCAGCAGUGGAACGUAUGGAGAAGCUUCAGUAUGCAGUUUCUAAGGAGACACUGCAGUUGAUGCGUGCUAAAGAAAUCUGUUUGGAGCAGAAGAAGCAUGCAUUGAAAGAGGAGAUGCAGAGCCUGAAAGGUGGUACAGAAGCCAUAGCCCAUUUGGACAAAUUAGAAGCUGAUUAUUAUGAUCUACAGCUUCAAUUAUAUGAAGUGCAGUUUGAGAUCUUGAAAUGUGAAGAACUACUUCUGACAGCACAACUUGAAAGCAUCAGAAGACUCAUGUCAGAGAAGAGAGACGAAGUGGUAUAUUAUGACACUUACGAAAGUAUGGAAGCUAUGCUUGAAAAAGACGAUAUGGCAACAUCUAUAUACUUGCAAAAAGAGGAGCUGCAAAAGUUACAACAAAAAGUUCGCCAGCUGGAAGCAAGGCGUGGACGCAUUUCAGCCAAGAAAGCCUACCUUAGAAAUAAGAAGGAGAUCUGUAUCGCAAAGCAUAAUGAAAAGAUCCAGCAGCGUCACCAGAGUGAGGAGGAAUACAAAAUGCACCAUACCGUUCAGCUAAAGCGAGAUCAAUUACAAGAGGAAGAGGAAAGAAAGAGCUCCUGGGUUAGUCAGGAACGACAGAAAACACUGGACAGACUUCGGACAUUUAAACAGCGCUAUCCUGGGCAAGUAAUACUUAAAUCAACCAGACUACGGCUGGCUCAUGCAAGAAGAAAAUGUGCAGCCAGCUCAGUAUCCUGUGUCGAUCAGCCUCAAUCUUUGCCAGCAACCAUACAAAUCCAAGAGAAAAGUGAAGAGGUGGAAUUGGAAAAUGCAGUUCAGCCUUUGCAAGUGCAGGAAUCCACAAGCUUAGAACAACUUCAGGAUAUCGUUUUACCUCCCAAUGGUGUUACCUCUGAACUGCCUCAUGUUAGUACUUCUCCACUUACCAGUAAUGAGCUUCAACCAGAGACUGUUACUGUAGUACCGCUUCCACCUCCUUUGCCUCCACCACCUCCACCUCCGCCUCCACCUUUGCCCUCCAAGGAAGAUGCCACCAAAUCCUUAGAGAAAAGCGAUGGCUUUGUUAAACGUCAGAGUGAGGAGAAGGGAGUCCAGCACUCUUCUGGAAUCCCACCGGCACAUCUGUUUGACAGCAGUCAGCUAGUCAGUGCCAAGAAAAAGCUUAAAAAGACCGGUGAUCUAGAGGGUUUACAGAGGAGAAGAGUGAGUUCUCCGAUGGAUGAAGUGCUGGCUUCCUUGAAACGCGGCAGCUUUCAUUUAAGAAAAGUUGAGCAGAGAAGUCUCCCUCCUUUUCCUGAUGAAGAUGAUAGCAAUAACAUCUUGGCACAGAUCAGGAAAGGGGUGAAACUGAAGAAAGUUCAGAAAGAUGUUUUGAGAGAAUCUUUCACAAUUCUGCCUGAUACUGACCCUUUGACAAGGAGCAUCCAUGAAGCAUUGCGACGAAUUAAGGAAGCAUCACCUGAAUCAGAGGACGAGGAGGAGAGUUUGCCUUGCACAGACUGGGAAAAUUAA